AUGACAUGUAAUUUAAGCAAUAAAUUAAUGCUAAAAUGUUCAGAGACUACUCACGUAUUGAGGGGUAUCGGAAAUGCAUCUACCUUGAUAAAUGAUCAAGCGAAUAUCACGAUUAAAUCCCAAUACGGCAAUUUUACUAAGGAUUUGCGCUGUCUAGUUUUACCAAAAAUUACAGAAAAUUUGCCGACUUACUCGUUUGAUAAAAAUUUAAUUCAAAUUCCGAAAUAUGUUAAAAGCCUAGCAGAUCCUGAAUUUAAUAUUAGUUCAGAAAUAGACCUUUUAUUGGGAUCGGAAAUAUUUUGGAUAUCAUUAUUAACUGGUAAAAUAUCUUUGGGUAAAAACGGACCGGUACUUCAAAAUACUGUAUUUGGGUACGUACUUGGGGGCAACCUACAAAUUGGUUCACCUUGGAAUAUUGGAAAUAAUAUGUCCACGACUUGUCUUGUACGUAACCAUUUGAAUAAUACCAAAGACGAAUGUAAUGAUGCGUUGGUAAGAUUUUGGAAUAUAGAGGAGGUAACAACUGAUAAAUCAAAUCUAAGUAUUGAGGAAAAAAUAUGUGAAGAGCAUUUCAAGAAAACGACGACAAGAGAUGAUCUUGGAAGAUUUGUAGUAGAUUUACCGUUCAAUGAACAGUUGGUAAACUUGGGAAAUUCCUAUGACAAUGCAUUACAUCGUUUCCAGUUGCUUGAGAAGCGAUUAGGAAAAAAUCCACAACUGAAGCGUCAGUAUUGUGAAUUUAUGUCUGAAUUGGAAGAAAUGAAACAUAUGUCUGAGGUACCUGAUCUAGAGAAGGUUAGUUACGUUGAAGGUUACUUUAUGCCACAUCACAGUGUUAUAAAAGAGGAUAGCCUCACCACGAAAUGUAGAGUUGUUUUUGACUCUUCAGCAAAAACGAGUUCCGGUCUCUCUCUAAACGAUGUCCAGAGAGUUGGACCUAAUUUACAACAAGAAGUUUUCUCAAUUUUAGUGAGAUUUAGGAGAUAUAAAUACGUGAUAACAGGUGAUGUGUCAAAGAUGUUUCGACAAAUUUUGGUGAAUGAUAAAUAUCGGAAAUAUCAAAGAAUUAUAUAG